AUGCUGCUUCUCGGCGGCACUAAAUUGUCCUCUAUCGACACCCAUCGACGCUGGACCGCUGAUGCGGACUACAUACUAGUACGGUUCAUACCAGGAUUCAUUUAG